AAAACCCGUUUAUCGUCAUGUCUCUGCUGUAGCAGAGCUCCGCGCUAUAUUGUAUACGCCUCCAGUUGUCGCUGCACUUUGUUUUGACAGCUGUCUGUUUUCUUUUCUCUUACUUUUUUUAACCGAAGAAUGAGUGAAAACGAUGACAUCGAAGUCGACAGCGAUGCAGACAAACGGGCACAUCACAACGCGCUUGAGCGUAAACGCAGGGACCACAUUAAAGACAGCUUUCACAGUUUACGAGAUUCUGUGCCUUCAUUACAAGGGGAGAAGGCUUCCCGAGCACAGAUACUAGACAAAGCCACGGAGUACAUCCAGUUCAUGAGGAAAAAGAACCAUACCCACCAGCAAGACAUUGAUGAUUUAAAAAAGCAGAAUGCACUGCUGGAGCAACAGGUUCGCUCUCUGGAGAAGGCCAAGGGGAACACUCAGCUCCAGACAAACUACUCCUCUGACAGCAGCUUGUACACAAACCGCAAAGGGAGCGCAGUAUCGGCCUUCGACGGCGGGUCCGACUCCAGCUCAGAAUCAGAGCCAGACGAGCCACCCAACAGAAAGAAGCUGCGCAUGGAGCCCAGUUAGACUCGGGUGGCCUUCCAACUGCACUGUUGCGACAGACUCUUUUUACCCACCAGCCCCAGCUCCUCUUACCUGCCCGCACUCGCUCCCACCUUCUUGAUGCCAGUCCAGGAGACAAGGUGGAGACUGUGUAGAGAGGUGCUAUUACUGUAUGUACAAAAUGCUUUGACCCUCUUGUAACCUCCUGGCAAGCGUCCCGUCACACUUUUUGUGGCCGAGCAACAACUUUUAAGAUCCCCACCAAUGAGGCAGCUCUGCAGUUUUGAAGGACUAAAAGCUUUUCAAACCUCAUAACUGUUCAUAAUCAAAUGUAGUGAUGGCAUGUUAUGAGGCUUUAGUAAAGCUACCACCAGUAACCUUCCCUUUCUUUUGGUUGUUAUGGACAACUUUUGCAUUCUGUAGAAGUUGUGAAACUUAACCACCUUUGAUGAAAUGGUAAUUAGGGUUAGUUUACCUUUUUAAUAGUCAUAUUUUUCCAGAAAAGAAUGUGAAGUUGCUUUUGGAAAAUAUGUUUGGUAUGCAAAAUGCAAUCCUCCUCAUUCAGUGUAGGUGGCUGAUGUUUUCGUCUUUGAAAUGUUUGUGUAUUCAAAUUAAUUCCUCUAUUUAUAGUGAAGCACCAAAAUUAAUUUCUUACCCUUGUAUAGUAUAUUCGUACGUCAUGUCCAUUAUAUUUGCCCUGAGAGCAGGUCAACCUCCUGUUCUAGAGGAUUUUCACGAGUUCAAAUAUUUAUUUUCCUGUUUAUUCUUAGUCCAUAAAAAUGUGGGUAUUAAAAGAAAUCCCCUAAUUGAUACUGAAUGUUACACAAUGCAGUUAAAGGGCAGUGAAAUUUCUUUUUCUUAAUGGAAGUCCUUUUCAGUGUGUAGUAUAAAACACUGUAUACUCUUAAAUGGUGUCAGUUCUGCAAAGAAAAGCCUUCCCUUGAUAUAUUUGCCUGUGCUGGGAAAGUUUAUCUUUUUUUUUUUUUUUUUUUUUUUUAGACUUUUUUUGCAGAAGUAAAUUAGUGUGUAUGUAAUCUAUAUUUGUUUGUUCCAUUCCAUGGAAAUUACAGGUAUGUUGUACAUACUGCCAACGGUUGUCUUGCAAGUUAAGGCAUACCUUUAUUAUAAGACUAUAAAUAAAAAUAUUUUAUCCUUUUUGGA